AUGUCUGAAAAGGAGAUAACCAUAUCCUGGGAAACCCAUUUUACUGUUCGAUGGGAUACCUCGCAAAUCACCAAAUGUUGUUCGAACAGCAACACGACAUUGCAGGUAGUCGACCUUCUCUUCACGACAAAUCAUGUGCCGCAAAGUUCAGCAACUCAGAAACAUCCAGUAGACAGUUCAGUGUGGUAUCUUGACAAUGGAAAAGAACCCAAACUUGCCAGCGCGGAAGUUUUCGGUUCUCAGGAGGCCUUCCGGUUUCUCAUAAGUAGUCUUGAAGCUACCAAAUCAUCUGGGAAUAGAGUCGUUAGGCUUAUCAUUCCUUUAAACAAAGGGGUAAUCGUCAGGUCGGAUAUCAUCCCUCUCCGUCUCGGGGAUGCCAUGGGAAUCGAGCACGUUGCAUCUUUCGCGAAGCCUCUUCAAAGUUUCCCCGGUGAUGCCCUGCAUCUAGACGCGGUAACGUUUCCUGAACUGUUUCGUUCUUCUGCGGGAGGAAUAUUGCUACAGCACUCGCCUCCAACGGCGGGACUUACAUCUGGAAAGUUGGCGGUAACUCCGGAGUUCGAGGCCGAGUUUGAGAAGAAGUUGUCGAUUCCAUUGGUUGUACCAGCGCCAGCCGCUCGUAAACGCAUCGUGCUUGUUGGUUGCAGUUAUCGCGACCCCUCGUCAGGAGCAUGGACAACAUUCGCGUGUAGCGCCGCUCGUGCGCUUGGGAUCGACCUCGUUAUCAUCGAAAGGCCCGGGUGCUGGAUCGAGAGAAGCGAGUACUCAGAUUGGUACGAGGCUCUCUUACCCGCUGGUUCAUGGUGGUCGAACCCGCCCAGUGAUGACAUGGCAGACCACAUCGUCGCAGCAGUCAGAUCCUAUGGCAAAAAGGUCGACGGCAUUGUUGCCUUCUUAGAACCAUUUCUCGCCACUGUCAGUCGAGCAGCCCAAAAGCUCGGUCUUCCAUGCCAACCAGCCGAAUCGUACGAGAUUGCAACCGAUAAAUACAAGUUGGCUAUGUUCGAAGGCCGUGAACCCUUCUAUGGAUCUACGGCUGAGGAUGCGUUGAAUUUCGUGUCUAGCGAGAAGCUCAAUUUCCCAUUGAUCCUCAAACCACGCCUAGGUCUGAAUUCGGAAGGCGUUGUACGAGUAGAUGAUGCAGCAGGGGUCCAACCCGCGGUAGAGAUGAUCCAGAAGACCUUUUUCAAAUCAUUCACGAUGGAGCGAUACUGCGACGGGCCAGAGGUUGACGUUAAUGUUGUCUUACUAGAUGGUGAAGUCGUCUUCUGCGAGAUCUCUGAUGACUUCCCCAAAUCAGGAGAUAAGAGUGACGCAGGAAUUCCCGCCUCGCAAAGGAACUUCUUGGAGACCUAUAUUGUUCACCCCUCCGCACUGCCGCCUACCGAGUUGGAGAUGUUGCAGAAAGCCAUCAGUAUGACUAUUCGACGGCUAGGGUUCUCCAGUGGAAUAAUGCAUGUGGAGGCUAGAGUUGAUCAAUCAUCGGUUGAAUAUCGUCCUAUUGGUACCAUUAUGGAUCUAUGUCCGACCGAAAAAGUCGCCAAGUCGAGUCUCCCUUCUCCUUGGGUCCUUGAAAUCAACCCUCGACCUCCGGGUUUAACUGCCAGUCGCAUUGUCGAGUCUGUGUACGGAAUUGAUUAUUUCGGAGUUGCGCUGACCUUAGCUAUUAAUGAUAAGGAACGGGUCAGGGCAUUAGCUCGCCCAUUUCUGAACGGAGCCCAACACACGGGCGCUAUGGUCUUAAUCGGUGCCGAGUUUGAUAAGGAAUGUGAAGGGAUCUUUGAUUCGGAUGAUAUCUGCGAAGAGCUGCUGUCCCGCAGGCCAGAUCUGGCACAAAACAUUAACCGCUACGAAUGUCUUGCGAAAAGAGGACAGAGAAUUCCACACCCGAGUUCCGGCGCAAACACAUUCGUGGCUUAUUUCAAUGUCUUCUCCAAGUCGAGAAAGGAGGCGCUGGAGAUAGCAGCUGAUGUGCGGAAGGAACUCUGCGAGUUCAUGGUUAGCCACUCUUUAAGUCCCUGUAAUUUUAUGCUCACUCAUUUUCUUAUUUCAAAGGCGUUGGGUUAG